AUAUAUCCAAUUCUCAAUUCUCAGAGCGAAAAUAACGCAUCAAAUGCAAUUUAUCAGCAAGCGAGGAAUGCAAUGACAGAGAACUUCAACUAAAAAAAAACAUGACCACAACAUAUAACUUACACCUCAACAAUGGCUUUGCCGUUGAACAACCAACACCAAGAAGGAUCCGUAAGAGAGCCUUGAUUAUAGUAGAUGUACAAAAUGACUUUCUGGAAGGAGGAUCGUUAGCUGUAGAUAAUGCUAAUGAUGUGAUUGAAGUAUUUAAUAACAUUAGACAAUCAGUAAAUUGGGAUUUGAUCGUACUCACCCAAGAUUUCCACCCUAGAAACCAUAUCAGUUUUGCUGUUAAUCACGAUAUGCCUGUAAUGUCAACAAAGAUUAUGGAAGACGGAACUGAACAAAUUAUGUGGCCUGUGCAUUGUGUGCAGGGAACUAGAGGUGCCGAAUUUCAUCCUGAUCUCAUCGUUGAAGAUGAUGAUAUUGUAGUAGAAAAGGGUUGCAAUACCAACGUUGAUUCAUACAGUGGAUUUUUCGAUAAUAAUAAGAAACAUCAAACCAAGUUAGACGAGAUACUUAAGAGCCAUGGCAUUACUGAUACAUAUAUUGCUGGUGUUGCUCUUGAUGUUUGUGUAAAAUAUACCUCUUUGGACUCUGUUUCUCUGGGGUACAAUACUUUUUUAAUCAAAGAUGCUAGUAGAGGAGUGUCACAAGAUUCUGUAAAAAUUGCCCUCCAAGAAAUGAAAGAAGCAUCUGUACAUAUUGUAAAUAGUGAAGACAUUGUAUAAUAUUCCUAAAUCUCCCUCCCUAAUUUUUUAACUAAUUCCACCAACACAAUUUUAAUUUAUUAUAAAUUAUUACAAAAUAAUUUUC